UUGAUCACUAGCGCCCCCGCACCUACACAUUCGAAAGUUUGCUUGCUGCAUAGGCCUUCGCAUAGAACAUGGAACGUAAUGCGGCUUCCUAUGAAUAUUUGUGUGCAUGUGGUAUAAGUUUCCUGUAAUUUAAGUUUCCUAGUCAACUGAGACCAUUUUCAAUGCCACCAAAUUAGAAGCAGCAUGCUGCAAUACAGAGCACUAGAACGAGCCCGCUACGGCAUUGCUGUGGGCUUACUCAGACUGAACACUUCACGGAUACGUGCUAGAAAGUACCACACACUUAACCCAAACUUUCGUCAUCGGAUCCGACUUACAAGUAAAGACACCGGCCUACAUAGCAGUAGAAACAUCGUCCUAGUGGCACGCAUACUGCGCAAUGUGUUGAAGAUACGAUACAUUAUACUCGGAUCAGCCGUUGGCGGCGGCGUUCAGCUGUCGAAAAAGUACGAGGAAUGGAAGGACAACCUACCCGAUAUUCGAGGUUGGGUGAAAGGGAUCAUGCCACCCGCUGGAACAUUAGACAAGUUCAGAGGAGGACUGAUCGACAUGAAGAACAAGAUGGGUCUUCCCGAGAAAGGGCUCUUCCGAAGCGGCUUCGCCAGCAUCGGGGAGUGGUUGCAGAACGUUAGCUUCGACAGAAGUCCCGGACUUACGGGGCCCGGAAUGGAUGACUUCGGCACAGCACUGGCGGCAGCUCCCGUCUUCUCGUCGCAGGAGGAGACCCGGAGGGAACACGAACGCGAGCGAAUGCAGAAACUACAAGACGAACUCAUACAGGUGCAGAUGAAGUACCAGAAGGAGAUCGAACGGUUAGAAAAAGAGAAUAAAGAGUUACGAAGGCAGCUCAUGUUGAGGACGGACAAGGUCGUCAGCCGAAGGAAGAUCAAGAAGUCCCUGAUAGACCUCUACUCCGAAGUGCUGGACGAGCUCAGCGAUUACGACUCCGGCUACAACGUGCAGGAUAACCUGCCCCGAGUCGUCGUCGUGGGAGAUCAGAGUGCGGGAAAGACGAGCGUGCUCGAAAUGGUGGCACAGGCGCGGAUCUUCCCGAGAGGAGCUGGAGAGAUGAUGACGAGGGCACCGGUCAAGGUGACGCUCAGCGAGGGCCCGUACCACAUCGCAAAGUUCAAGGACAGUUCUCGAGAGUUUGACUUGACGAAGGAAACUGAGCUGUCUGAUUUGCGGAGAGAGGUUGAAGUGAGGAUGAAGAACAGUGUCCGCGGCGGAAAGACCGUCAGCAACGAAGUGAUAUCCAUGACCGUUAAAGGCCCAGGGUUGCAGAGAAUGGUUUUGGUUGACCUGCCGGGAAUUAUUAGCACGGCCACGACCGAAAUGGCAGAAGGCACAAAGGACAAGAUACGCGAAAUGACGCAGAUGUACAUGAAUAAUCCAAAUGCAAUUAUUUUAUGCAUCCAGGACGGAUCGGUUGAUGCGGAACGGAGUAUCGUAACCGAUUUGGUCAAUCAGGUCGACCCCAGUGGAAGAAGAACAAUCUUCGUGUUGACCAAGGUGGAUCUUGCGGAACAGAAUAUGGCAAAUCCGACGCGCAUCCGGAAAAUACUGGAUGGAAAGCUUUUUCCCAUGAAAGCUCUCGGCUACUUUGCAGUUGUUACCGGUAGAGGAGGUGGCGCGGAUGAUAGUAUCACGAACAUCAAAGCCUACGAAGAGCACUUUUUCCGCAACUCAAAGCUGUGCCGCGAAGGCAUACUCAACAUGUCGCAGUGUACGACGCAAAGUUUGAGCUUUGCCGUGUCUGACUGUUUCUGGAAGAUGGUCAGAGAGUCUGUAGAGCAGCAAGCAGAUGCGUUCAAAGCUCAGCGCUUCAACUUGGAAACGGAAUGGAAGAACAGCUUCCCGCGGAUGAGGGAGUUGGACAGGGAUGAGUUGUUUGAACGUUCUCGCGGUGAGCUGCUCGACGAAGUCGUUAACCUCAGCCAGCUUAGUCCAAAACACUGGGAAGAAGUUUUGUCAAAGAACCUGUGGGACACAAUGGGAUCGUACGUGGUUGAGAGUAUCUUCCUCCCAGCUGCACAAACAGGAAAUGCCGGAAACUUCAACACUGCUGUCGAUAUUCGGUUGAAACUCUGGGCUGAGAAGCUCCUGCCGUCACAGUCCGUCGAAGUGGGUUGGACAACGCUAAAGGAUGAAUUUCACGGACUACUGCAACGACGGAAAACAGCCAAGGACCACGAUUCACUGUUCGACAAGCUAAAAGAGGCUGUAGUUCACGAAGUCACCGACAGGCACGAGUGGGAAGAUAAGGCUGUCGAGAUGUUACGGUUGAUCCAACUAAAUGCGCUUGAAGAUCGUGUAGUCCAUGACAAGCACCAGUGGGACCAGGCGGUCCGUUUCCUCGAAGCAACACUACAAAGACACCUACAAGAUACGGAUAAGAGAGUCCGCAAUAUGGUGGGUCCUGGGGUUCGAGAGCAGUGGCUAUACUGGAGUAGUCCGACAGAAGACCAGCGCCAGCGCUCUGCAGUCCGCUCCGAGCUUGAGAAGCUGCUCAAUGCAGAGUUCAUGCAGAAACACGGGCCGUCGCUGACGCAAGAAGAACUAACGACGGUCCGAAAAAACCUACAAGCAAAGGAGAUCGACGUGGACUACAAGUUCAUCCGCGACACGUGGGAGCCACUGUACAGGUUACACUUCCUCCGGCGCUCUCUGAGCAGGGCGAACGACUGCCGCAAGGGUUACUUCCUCUACCACCAGGGCCUGGACUCCGAGUUGGAGUGUCACGAUGUUGUACUCUUCUGGAGAGUCCAGAGAAUGAUGCAGACGACAGCGAACGUUCUCCGCCAGCAGGUGAUGAACCGAGAAGCGAGGCGGCUUGAGAAGGGUGUCAAGGAAGUGCUCGACGACUUCUCGCAGGAUUCAGAAAAGAAAGUCGAACUGCUGACGGGUCGAAGAGUGGAACUGGCGGAAGAACUGAAGCGAGUCCGUCACAUACAGGAAAAACUGGAAGAGUUUGUGGCCGCGCUUAAUACAGAGAAAUGAACUUGCGUAACUUAGUGGUCUUCGUUUUUAGCGAGUUUUUCGUUCUUUUCCCGUAAGAUGCACAGUGACCUUCUGCAUCUAAAACAUGCGAAGAAUGAAGCAAUUUUUGUAGAUAAUAGUAAUAAUUCUGUUGUUUACCAACAUGACAUUAGGAAAAUUUGAAAUAUCAUUUCGCGAAAGAAUUAAAAAAAAAAGAAAAACUGUACGAGGCGGGUGCAAAAUAUGAUACUGCAUGAAAGGAACAUGAUGGAAGAAUAAGACAAUAUAAAUAUUCAAUAUGCUUGUAAAUAGUAGGUAUGAUUUCAAAUCGCAUCAAUUAUAGCUUUGUUCUACCUAGUCUGUUUUUCGGCCUUGGUAAUAAAUGUUCUGAAGAGUCAAUCUCCACUAAA